AUGCCGUCCUUCUAUGCGCCAGGCUAUGGCCUGCCAAGCCACGGGCUUCCUACCCCCCCUGAGAGAAUUUACGGCGAUGAAGCGCACUACAAGUCGGGCUUCUUCGCGUUCCCUCCUCGCUACCACCAGAAUGGAUGUGAAUUCAUUGAGCAAUACUCGCAGUCUUUGAAGCCCAAUCCGCUGUACCCCCACCCUCCUAUCGAACAUGGCAUGUAUGCCAAUUCUCUGCCACCCAUCCGGACUAAUGUGCAGUUGCCCCCGAUGGGCAGCUCUAUUCCACAACAGUACCGUCGCCAGGAUAUUGCCCCGAUGCAGCAAGAGCAGCCUAAGGAGGAGAAAGCCACCGGAGGUGUUGCCACCUACCUUGACUAUGAUAUGGAACGCAUGUCCGAUUUCGUCGCGGAAAUGGCCCAGGGAAUGUAUGCACUAUACAACACCAAAAUCACCUUAUCAGAUAUUGACUUCGCGCGAAGCAUCGCCCCAGGAUCCUCUACUCCCCCUCAGUUCCGCAAGUACGUCUACCAGAUCUUGUCGUCGACCCGCCUGCCAAGCUCGACUAUUUUGCUGGCUCUUUUCUACCUGUCUCUCCGAAUGCGUUUGCUGUCAUCUCAGCGUGUAUUCAAGAAUGGCACUAGCCAGAUCUAUCGCAUGCUGACUGUCUCCCUUAUCUUGGGAAGUAAGUUCUUGGAUGAUAACACCUUCCAGAACAAGUCUUGGUCUGAAGUCAGCAACAUCCCUGUGGCGGAGCUAAACAAGAUGGAGUUGGAGUGGCUCUUCGCUUUCGACUGGAAGCUCCACACCCGGAUGUAUGCUGAGGAUGAUGGGUACAACUCGUGGCGCCGACGCUGGGAGAGCUGGCGUGCCAAGGCAAACCUUCGGGCACAGGAGUCUCGUCAGACCCUCGCGCCUAUCAAGACUAAUCUUGUCCGACCUCACCAGGCCCCGGUUGUUUCCAAGGCGCCCUUGUCCCCCGAAGGCGAAGGCCCUAUUCCUCCCCAGUACCAGCGCAACGAAAACUCGUGGCUCAACCCAGCGGCAUCCGAGUAUUCUCCCCCAUCUGCCGCUUACACUGGCCCCAGUACUCCCGUUUACUAUCCCGCUUUGAGCUACCAGAACCCGCCACCCCCGUACUCGCAUUCCUGGAUGCCCCAGACGCAUUAUCUGCCUCAACAGUCUGUUCCUCGCUCGCAGCCUCCAUCGUACCCCCCACACCCCGUUGUGGCCGCACACUCCAUCAUACCCGAGUGUGUGGACUGGUCAUGGAUCCUCGUGCGGAUGCCAUUACUGUUUUAA